AUGGCCACCAUGGACUGCGGUACCUCCAAAAUGCCUACUAGUGCAUGUUAUCCAGCCCGGAUCCAAACUCAUAUGAGAAACCAAGCAUCCCAUUCGUCGUCGUUAAGCCACGAUGCCAGGGCCAUUGGAGAACCUAUUGCAGAGCCCAUCCCGUCUCCGCGCCGAUGGUCGCCCACAUAUCAACCUCGACGCAGAACGAGCAGGCAUUAUCCGACAUCUUUGUCAUUCGUCCCGGCUCCCACGUUGCCGACCACAGAGCUCCAUGAACAAUCGAUGUCAUUUCCACGUCGACCCGCAGAGCGAGGCACCUUCUGCAUCUCACCCUUCCGAUCAGUACGCAGAAUGAAGGAACCCUUUCCAUUGAGGUUGCCCAAGUCACCAGCAUCGGCUUCGUCACCAGUAUUUACGGCGUACGAUGGGGCGCCCUCAUUUCCUACAAAGCCAACACAGUCAUCGAAGCCGCCGGCCGGCCAUUCACUGCGAACAUGGCGAUCAGACCAGAAUCUAACGUCAGCCAGCAUGUCUGCUUUUGGUCUCCUUCCUAGUCCUCCAAUUUCCGAAUUCAGGCCCGCAAGCGCUGACCUCGAAGCUUCUUAUUUUGAAUGUAAAAGUGACUCCAAGUCCGAGAGAAAGAGCAUUCAGAGCACUUUUGCAGUUACCGAUACCGACACCGACACCGAUACCGACACCACAGACGACGACGGGGGUGAUGUGGACUUGGGGCAAGACCUCACUGAGGAAACGAUCACCGAAGACCAGCUCCCCUACCAGGCCUAUCGUUCUCUAGACCGGAAAGAAAAGCUACCUGAAAAAAGACGAACGGAUGUAACAAAUGUCCAUGAAGCACAUUCCAAUCUCAUUCGGCAAUGUGAAGAAUCAAAUGAUACAAUCUCAACGACGAAAAAGCCUGAUAAAGUGCCAACGCCGGUGAUAUCAUCCGCCUCUCUACACAGUGUCAAGGCAUCCAUGCCUGCUACCUCUCCGAGACCUCAACGGCCGAGACCAACGACUGUCUCUAGCGAAGCCAGUUGGAUUCCGAGCAACUUCUCGUAUUGUGAGACAUGGUUGCAAGGUGUGCCGCUAGACCCGCUAGAUAAGGACGACAACCCCAAAGAAUUUAAUCGUCGGAAGUUCCAGAUUAUCGAAAAAGAUCCACCAAUGCCGAAGUUAGACAUCAUUCCUGGGCCGAGGGCCUUGGAUGAGCCAGUGCGAUUUGCCGUCGCCAGCAAGCCAAGGCUCGUGGAUAUCGCACGGCAAACGUCGCCAGCGGUGGCCCCUCCGCCGUCUGUAGUACGUCAAACUGUGUCUGUCCCAAUGACACCAGACCAGCGCCAGGAGGAAGUAUCCGCUUUCAGCCCAGAUACACCACUAGAGCCACCAAUGGACAUGUCUGAUAGUGGUUACGGAACACGCGAAUCGGGCUAUUCUAUGGACAGCUAUCAGGACAGCAAAGAUGACGACAUCUACUCAGACCCAGGCUCAUUGACCUCUGAUAGUGUCACAUCUACUGUUGUGUGUGACAGGCCUGAUUCAGCCCUGGGGCCGCGCGAGCCAUCACCACAACCAGAGAUUCGAUCGGGCAGCGUUAGCCCUAAAGCACUACCCUUCACAAGCAGGCAUUCCCCAGGCCGCGCGGCACACACUUCGGAAGAGGAGAAGCGCGAGAAGCAGGCAUCAUGGGAUCAUGAAUGGACUCUUGACGACCAUGAAUGGACUCUUCGCGAGCUUGACUAUUCAGUUAGAGACUUUCCACGCAACAUGCUGCGACUCACCUCUCCCGUUAUUGUCUUUCUACGGAAGAAUGACGAAAAGGCCCUGCUACGGCCCUUUCGGACCAUUUUUCCGACUGUCGCAGAGAAUCUCCUCGACUGUCUAUGCGCCGCACUCAUCGCCCGCAACUAUCUCCUUUCACUCGCAAAAUUCCAUCACCGAAAGCCGUCUCAUUCAUCACGAAAUGUCCCAUACGCGGUUGAUGCCGUCCCAGCCAAGGCAUACAGUACUCUCGGCAUUCAGCUCCCAUCUGGAUCACCCGGUCGCAUCAAAGGCCGCGUAUUAGGUCCGCGUAGCACAGAGCUCCGCCAGGAUAUCGAACGAAUAGUCGACAACCUGCUGUUUGCUAUCUGCGGCAAAUCUGACAAUACCCUCAAAUCCGCGAUCGAGGUCCUCGCUCAAGUCCUCGAAACUAAUUUCCCGCGCUAA